AUGCUCAGGAUCUGGCCGCUCAUCGUCAUUCCGGUCCUUGGCUUGCUCCUGCUGGCUCUGGUGGUCUGGAUAUUCAAACUACUGUGGGAUCGCUAUUGGGCCCGGGCGGCUUCCAUCAAGAGCAGCUCGUCCGAGCUGGGCGGGCUCCCGGCUGCAGCAAAGGAGCCUCCUCUGGCACAAGCCUGGGCUGUUCCGGGGAGGCUUUCGAUCUCGCACUCGAUUCCACACUCGAUCUCGCACUCUAUUCCACACUCGAUUCCAUACUCGAUUCCGCUGUCUCCGGUCGCCAGUCACCACUCCAUCAUCAUCAAGCCGAUCGGGACCUGGGAAGCCUGUCCGUCCCAGAGCGCAUAUUCCACCACUCAGCUGCCCUUCCAUGGGCUUUCCACCCCGAUCCGCCCGCCAGCCCGCAGCUUUGCGUCGAACCCAUUCCAUGACACUUUCUCCCCGGCUACUGGGCAGCCAUUGGGGCCAACGAUCGAGCCCCGCUCGGCCAGCCGAAAGUAUGCGCUCGAGGCCCUGCGGUCGCCGGCAGUCACCCUGAAUUCAAACAAGUCGUAUGCCUAUCGCACGCCUCCACCGAGCCGCCCGCUUCCGGCCCUCCCGGCCUUCCUGCACGACACAAUCGAGAGAAGAGGAGACUGCCGCGAGCCCGAUCCGGACCCGGUGCCUGAUCGUGGGCCUGCACUGGACAUGGGCCCGUACCAUGAAUAUGAGGCAGAGGAAUGCGACGAUCAAGCGGAAUGCGAUGACCAAGUGGAAUGCGAUGACCAAGUGGAAUGCGACGAUCAAGCGGAAUGCGACGACCAGACAGAAUGCGACCAGCACUCGUUCGAUCACCACUUCCAGCCUGGCUACCAACAAGGCUUGCAGCAGCAGGAACAACCCCAGUACGGAUCGCUGCCGCGCCAGGUCACCUUUGAGAACCAAAACGUGCAGCUGUGUGCAGGUCUCUCGGGGCUGUCGCAGACAUCAUCGGCGCUGUACCGGGUCAUCCAAGAGUACCACCCCUCCGGCGACGACGUCGACGAGCGCUUCCAUAUCCAUCUCCACAAGGGCGAGGCCGUGCGCAUCCAGCAGGACUCUGGAUCCGCGACGGGAGGCAGGGCACUCUUCUAUGGACUCAACUUGAACUCCAAGACGGCUGGCUUCUUUCCAGCCCACUGCGUGCGCAAGACAUCGUGAUGCGAUGGGCAAGACUUGCGCAGACCGAGCCCAGACACUCAGCGG